AUGCUGCACAGGGCUGCGAGCAACGCGUAUUCAUGGUGGUGGGCGAGCCACAUCCGAACCAAGCAGUCGAAAUGGCUAGACAACAACCUCCAAGGCGAGAUUCUGCCCCCUCUUUCAUCAUCAUCAUCAUCAUAAUCAUCUUGGCGAAUUAUCUCCUGGUCGACCUAAUCGCCUGCUUAUCUCGCCCUCCACGCUUCAAUGGAUGAACUGCGAUGGAAUUUGUCCCCCAUCGUCUGUCCAUCACAUGGUGUCAGCGGAUCAAUGGGUGCCGAGCGGGGGCUACCCUGGAACAGACGACUUAUGCAUCGUACCACGCAUAAAUCUCGAAUUAUCCUGAAGAUCAUAUCUCGGAAGCCGCAUGUUUAUCGCGCACUCAUGGAGAUUCUUUAUUUUUUAAACUUCCUCUUCUUCUUCUUGGCUGAUGGCGCUGAAUGAUCUGAUUGCCCGCCAUCUCUUUCCCUCUUUCUUCACCAUGUUUUUUGCAACUUUGUUGCAUGAUCGAAAAUGGUCGACAUUGAUAAUUUGGAGAUGUUCUUCGCUUGAAUGCAUACGCCCGGCAGACGUCGAGGUGAAGGUGGAGAGCAUGCUGAAGCUCAUCGAAGAGGACGGCGACUCCUUCGCGCAGAAGGCGGAGAUGUACUACCGGAAGCGGCCGGAGCUCGUGAAGUUCGUCGAGGAGUUUUACAGGGCCUAUCGGGCCCUGGCGGAGCGGUACGACCAUAUCUCCGGCGAGCUCCACAAGGCCAACAAAACCCUAGCCACCGUCUUCCCUGACCAGCUCCAGCUGGCCAUCGCCGAUGGGGAGGAGAUCUGCUCCGACAAAGCCCUUUCUGCCACCGUCUUCCCCGGCCGGGUUAAGCUGGGCCUGGAGGACGAGGAGGAGAUCUCCUCCACCGCCGCGGCGCCCCCCAGCGAACCCACCGAAACCCCGGGGCCUUCUCUUCCCAAGGACCUGGAGAAGGUCACUGCCAUGGCGACGAAGCUGCGGCUGCCUGAGAGGGUUGACCUGGAGAUGGGCAGAGAGAAGGCGCAGGAGGAGAUCGACAAGCUCCAGAAGGGGAUCCUGAUCCUCCAGACCGAGAAGGAGUUCAUAAAGAGCUGCUACGAGAGCAAUCUGGCCAAGUACUGGGACAUCGAGAGGAGGAUGACGGACAUGCAGCGCCAGGUCUGCAACCUGCAGGACGAUUAUAACGUCAGCGUGAGCAUUGAGGACGAUGAAGCUCGCGCUCUAAUGACAGCGACUGCCCUCAAGUCCUGUGAGGCUGCCCUGGUCAACUUGCAGGAGCAGCAGAAACAGUCCAUGGAGGAGGCGAGGUUGGAGUCCGACAGAAUCAGAGCUGUGAGGGCUAAGCUGAUGUCCCUCAAGGCGGCGGCGACGGCGACGGCAACGGCGACGGCGACGGCGAAGGCCCAGGGGGAGGAGAGCUCCGAAGAGGCUAUGGAGCCGAGCUCUGAGAUGACUGUGGAACCUGCUGCUCUGGCGCAGGAGAGGCUGGAGCUGCAGUUUGUGUGCGAGAAGAUCAAGGAACACUUUGAGAAGGCUUCCGUGGAGGAGCUCGCCGAGAAGAUCGACGAGCUCGUGGAUAAGAUCAUCAGCUUGGAGGUGACAGUUUCCUCGCAGACCGCGCAGAUUCUGAGGCUAAGAUCGGAGACCGAUGAGCUCCAGAGGAGCUUGCAGAGCUUCGAGGAGGAGAAGGCUCUUGCUGCCGCUGCCGCUACCGUUACUGCUGCUGAGAAUGCUGCUGCUGAUGAUGAUGGCGACCACGGCUCUGAAAGCCUGAGCGAGAAGCUCAAAGAUGCAGAGGAGGAGCUGGGUCGGCUUCAAUCUCUUGACAAAUCCGUUCGAGAUGAGACCCAGAAGCUUCAAGUCGACUUCUCCAGCGCCUGCCGUAGCUUCCGUGAUCUUUCUGAAAAAUUACAGUCUGCGGAUGGCAGUUGUUCAUCGCAGGAGGACCGCGAUGGAGAAGAAGAAGAAGAAGGUAUUAAGGCUCCCACUGACGAAUCAAACCAUGGGUUGGCGACGGAGGCUUCUUGUUCGAUGCUCGAACCUGGUCUCUGCGCGGAGGACCGGGGAAUGGAGGUCAUUCACUCCGACCCUGGUGAAGAGCUCCCGGAUCAGAAACAGGAGGACGAGAUCGGAAAGAUUGGGAAACCUGCAGCACCGAACCGGGAGGAUGGAACUGCAGAUCCAGAAGGAAUCGCCGACGAUUCCUCGUGGAGGAUCGUAGAAUUGGAGCAGGAAGAUCAGAAUGGCGAAAACAAUCACGCUCCUAGAGCGGAAUUUGAUGGCAUGGCGAAGAAGGAUCUUGUUCUCAUUUCUGACGCAGAAGAUGACCGGGAGUGCGAAGCGGGCGAGACCGGUCCGACUGGGAUGCGGCAGGAGGACGAAGAAGAUCGCGCUCUGGACUGGCAGCAGCUGCUCCUGAUCGGACUGGAGGACAGGGAGAAGCUCUUGUUGGCCGAGUACACGUCCAUACUGAGGAACUACAAGGAGACGAAGCGGAAGCUAUCGGAGGCCGAGAGGAGGCACAACCAGCAUCUGCUGGAAAUGAUGGCGAAGGUCAGGGAUUUGAAGAACGCCUGCGCGAUGAAGGACGAGGAGAUCCUGUCCCUCCGGCAAAAGCUGCAACUCUUGGAGGCUAAUCAAGAAAACCCAGGUGGGUACUCGGUGGAGCGGCGAGACCCGCAGUCCCAGGCGGCCGGAGAGAAGGAAGAGGCCUCGCCCUCAUCCUUCUCCACCUUCUUCGCCGAGUUGAAGGACGAAGGCGGCGACCCAGAGGGCCUCCUCGCCAAGGAGAUCAAUCUGCAGGUCCCCGACAAACCAGAGACGGAGAACGCCGUCGAGGGGAGGUUCAGAAGGGACAUCGACGGGCUGCUGGAGGAGAACCUCGAGUUCUGGCUGAGAUUCAGCGCGUCGUUUCAACAGAUACAGAAGCUCCAAACCGCUUGGCGGGGCCUGCAGGCGGAAAUCGCCAACCUGAGUGACGGCAGGAAGACGGAGGGCGGUGGCGCCGCCGGGGGGGGGGCGUCCGGCAGCUCCUCCGACGCCGUCGCUGCGCUCUUCACCAACCUGGCGGACCUCCAGACCGAGCUGCUGGCCUGGGUGGACCAGAACGCCCAGCUCAAGGCCGAGCUGCAGUGUCGGUUCUCGUCCCUCUGCAACAUCAAGGACGAGAUGUCGAGGGUUCUCUCCGACUCCGCCGGCACCGAGGAGGCACCAUUGACGCCCUACCAGGCGGCGAAGUUCCACGGGGAGCUGCUGAACAUGCAGCAGGAGAACAACAAGGUAGCCGACGAGCUCCAGGCGGGGCUGGACCAUGUGAAGGCGCUGCAGGCGGAGGUGGACCGGUCCAUGGCGGGGCUCCGUCGGAAUCUGGGCAUCUCCCCGCCGGCGAAGGCUCAGCCCCACUACCAUUUCCGGCAUUUCUCCGGCAGGACCCGGGUCCCCCUCCGGUCCUUCCUCUUCGGGGCCAAGCCCAAGCCCAAGAAGCCCUCCAUCUUCUCCUGCAUGAACCCGGCGUUGCAGAAGCAGUACAGCGACCUGACGGCCGGCCUUCCUCCCUGA